CUCUCUCUCUCUCUCUCUCUCGACUGUCACUUUCCCUUUCUCUCGUUGUUGACCAUGAAAGCCUCUGGAAGUCGCAGAGCUCGAUUCUACUCUUCCUCCGCCACAACCACCACUGUCACUUACACGAUUCAAAAUGAACACUCUAGCCCUCAGACCAAAACCGAAACCACCCAAAUCCCCGUCGAAUCCCCCUCCGAUGAACCACCUAUCCCCAUCACCGUCCACGUUUCUACCCAAUUCCAAGCACGGGAAUCUUUAGCUGCUCUUAAAAUCCAAGCUGCCUACCGAUCUUACAUAGUCCGUAACCUCGUCAAGAAGAUCUCAGCCGUCAAUUUUGAAGCUAAUCUCUUACAACGCCUCAUCCAACGCCAGGAGACAGUUGAUGCUGUAAGGACCAAUGAGAGGGAGAGGAUCAAGAUCAACGAGGCUUUAAUGGGCUUGUUGCUGAUGCUGGACUCAAUACCUGGGGUUGAUCAGACAGUGAGGGAGCUGAGGAGACACAUGAGCCGUCGGAUCGUGGGGUUGCAGGAGAUUUUAGAUUCAAUUUCGGACGCAAGAGUGGAGAGUUGGGAUGGGUUUCUGAGGGAGUGGGAUGAUGCCCUAGCGGGGAUUGAGAAGGAGGUUUGUAGAGAGAGAGGAGGUGGGCAUGAAAUGGAGAGGUUUUGCGCUGAGAAUUUGGGAUUUCGGUGCUUGCAGAGGUUUCUUCGUGAGCAAUGAUGCUAUCAUGUUAGAAACUACUCCUUGUCAAUACCUAUGAAUGCUUUAUUUUGUUUUUUAUUUGUUUUUUUUUUUUUUUUGUUGCAUAGGUGAAAGGUUAAAUUACACUAAAAUGUUUAUGGUGCUUUUCAUUAUUUUAUUUACCAACUCUAACUGCUGCAAAGGUGUAGUUGCAGUAUCUGUAUAAUAUACUGG